UGUGAAACGUCUAUAAAAUAGGUAGUUUGUGGUUUACAUUCUAGGUUAGGUGUCAAAAUUUGAAUGUUUUUAAGAAAUACUAUUAUGAGCAAUUCAUUUUAUACAAAUUUCCGGUAUUGUUCUUUAACUCAAAUAUCGAAUAAUAAGAAAUUAAAACGAUGUAAUAUGUCAGUUAUUUUUAAAGAUAUUUCCGACAGAGUUCAAUUACAUUUGAAAGGAGAAUAUUUAUUAGCAAAUUGUGAAAUCACCAAAUAUUUGGAACUAAUUGCUAGUUGUACAUCAGUUAAAUAUAAAAUUAAAUAUGGAACAGAAAAACUGAAAUCCAUUCUAAAUAUCAUAUAUAUACGUAAUAAAAUAUUCGAAAAACAUAUGACCAAGCUUCCAAUGUCUUCAGAUCCAAAAGAUCCUUUUAAGCACCUUGGAAUUUCACAAGAUUUACAAAUGCUUGGCACUUUUGAAGAAAAAUCGAAAACAACCGGUUUGCCAAUAAAUAAUAAUAACCAAACCUGUUCUUUUCCCAGUGAUAUGUUGACUAAUCAAAAUUUUAAAAGCAUAACAGAAGAAUUUGAUAAAUCAACAGACAAAUCAGAAUUGAUUCGUCAAUCAAAAUGUAGUGCAUUGAAUCAGUGUACUAUUGGUGGAAUCGACACAAUUGAAGAAAAUAGUUGUUUUAAAAAAAAUGAAUGCAUUUAUAGUAAUCAGCUUAUACCUCCGGAAACAGAAAUUAAUAAAUCCUAUGAAGUGACUGCAGUUGAUUUUAAUUUAGCUGAAGAAAAUAGAAGCCUGUCGAGAUUAAAUAAUGUUGAAUCAGUUUCAUUUUGUUCUUACUUGCUGCCAGGUAAUUCUAGUGAUAAUUAUAAAAAUGAUUCUCAUCUAUUAAAUAACAGUCCGAACAAUUUGCAAUUGUGCUUUAAUGUCUGUCCUGGUAAUAUAUCAGUACUUGAAGAUACCCACUCAGAUAUUUCAUACAGAGAUGCAAAUCCUAUGCAAUAUUUAUUCAAUAAUAACAAGGAUGUUUCCAUGUCUUCUGAUUGUUUGGAAAAUACUCAAAAUAAUGAUAACCAACUGUCUCCUGAAAAACAUUUCAAUCACAGUGAAGAUAUUUUCAGUUAUGAAAACUCUGUCGAAUUAACACAAAUUAAUGAGAUGGAAAUUUUAGAUAGAGAACAUCAAACUGUUCAAAAAAAGGAUGAGACAAAACGCUCUUUGAUAAUUGAAACUUCACAAAAAUUUGAUUUGAAUAGUUCAAACAUAAAUAAUGUAAUGACUUUAUCUCAAAAUUCAGAUAAAUCGAUACAGAAUAUCAGAACCUUUUAUUUAUCAAGUAGCAAUAAUUGUAAUAAUGAAAGUAACAGUUUAAAUACAUUUGUCCCUUUAACAACUCUUCAGGACAGUUGUGAUAACCUGUGUGAGAUGAUGAGCAAGUUUUUGAAUAUUGUUGAUGAUCAAGAUAUCAAAGGAAAUGGUGCAAAAUGUGUGGACAUUCUAAAAAGGAUCAAAAAUCCAGAUAAUAUGAAGAAAAAUGUUGAGGAGAUUGGACAAUUAGAUUUUUCAGAUGACUUCGAAAACAUAAAUCAAUCGAAUCAAGAAAUUUGUGAUUUAUUAAUGAGAAUAAUCGACAGUUAUGAAUUUCUGGUACAUAAUAAAGAAGCUUUCGGUAGGUUGAAGGCGGAAGUAAUUGAAUGUUUGGAUCCUGCAGAUAUUGAUGAUCUAGAUCUAAACACUCUCUUUGACUCUAAUGCUAAAAUGAUUCAAGAUAUAUCAAAGAGUUUUCAGAAGCAGCUGGUAAUUGACUUCAGACAAUCCAACAGCCCUAGAGUUACAUACGAUUGUUUAGAUUGGAGGAAAAUACAAAUCUGAUUAAUCUAAAUCAUACAAUAUUUAAUAUUCAUUCAAAAAGAUAAAUAGUUUAUUUUAGUUAAAUAAUUUGUUCCGCUUAAAAUAUUUCUCCUUAUAUUUUAAAUCAAUUUAUAAACUUGAAAAUGAUUUUAAUAAAAUGUUGAAGUUUUUAAAUAAUUUCAAUAUAUUUUUUGUUGAAUGAUUCGUAAAUAAAUGUAUUUGAAACAAA